GUCAUUCACAGUCACAUGUGGCGCCUGUUUAGUUUCACUUCCGCGUUUGAACAGAAACAGAUAAAUCCUUUAAAUCAUGCAAUUGUUUUAACGCUAAAAUUGACCGAAGUUUGUUUAUUCACUGUGUAAUUAUCGACACUAGCGUAUAUUUUGACGGAAUGUCGUUAAGUGUUGUUUAAGGACAUCAACUAGUGCGACACUUUUGGAAAGAAGAACCCCAGGCUGGGUGUCCACAUCUAGACAACUAGUUGAGACCUUCCACUUUUAAUUUUUCUACAGUUAACACUGUCAUAAAAAUUCCGAAAGGCAUCACCUCUGAAAGUCAUGUUGCUGUCUGUGAGAAUAAUCACUCCUCUUUUUGUACUACUUGCUGGAGUGCAAGCUAAGCGCAACACGGACAACUGCAAGCUGAUUUCAUCCAGCGAAUCUGAGAAAAAUGCGCUCGUUUUACUAGAGCCUCUCACCAAUCAAAGCUUCACCGUGAAAGGACAACAGCAGGAAGCAUAUUCGUACAUUUUUCAGGUGUGUGGAGAUGCUGGCGGAUUGAAGAAUGCAGGUCUUGUGCAGAAAGAUGACAAAGAUGACAAGCUGGUCCCAAUUGGGAUCUACACUAAAACACGAGCCAUUAAAGGAAGUGACUGGAUUUUGCUCAUCUAUGAGGGGGGUGAGAAUUAUGACACCCACUGUUCAAAAGAGCCAAGAAAAGCCAUGAUUAUGAUUUCAUGCAACGAAAAUGCUAAGAAUGACUUUUCAGUGGUUUUGGAGGACAAUCAGAAGCCAGAUGACUGUUAUUACCUGUUUGAGCUGGACACCAAUGUACUCUGUCAAAAAAUCCCAUCCAAACUCAGUGGCGGCUCCAUAUUCCUUAUUGUUGUAUUCUCCUGCCUGGCUGUGUAUCUUACCGGUGGAUUCCUCUAUCAGCGACUGGUAGUUGGAGCCAAGGGAGUUGAACAGUUCCCCAACUAUGCCUUUUGGUCACAGAUCGGCAACUUAUCUGCUGACGGAUGUGAUUUCGUCUGCCGAUCCCGUGGUAACAGAGAAGAACCCCCCACAUACAGAGGUGUGGCUACUGAACCUCUUGGGGAGGAGCCAGAAGAAAGGGAUGACCAUUUACUUCCCAUGUGACCAAAUCAUAACAACCAAUGAACAGAGGCUGGACAGUUUAUGGUUUUGAAACCCAAAGAGAGAUGUUCAGUUCAGCAGGCGUGUUCCUAGUUCAGAAGUGCUGCUGUUUUUUCUUCUUUUUUUUUUUUUACUUCCCAAUAGCACUUAUUCUCUGUUUAUCCCUUAAAAUGUUAAUUUGGUGUUUGCUAACUAGUAUUCAGAAAUCCAAAGUCCCACAGAUAGAUUUGGUUAUUUAAUAUUUAUGGCAAGAUAUCAUCAACAUGAAACACUGCCCCUGUUUUCAGUCUAUAGGUAGUAAAAGACAUCAAUGCUGCUUGACUGUGUGAUAUGGUCACCACAUAGAUGUGGUUUGGUAUAAAGUACAAGUACUUAUUUCCAAUCAA